ACCGUUUGACGUGCCAACGUCAAAAUGGCAGGCACAUUAGCUAGAUUUACAAAUGUAGCAAGAAGUCAUUAUGGACUCGUUGCUACAACUUGCAGCAAUGCCCAAGUGGCACUCUUUUCCACACCUCCUCCAGGCACUCCACCACCUCAAACAAAGACAACUUUUGGCCCACUUUCCGACGAGGACCGCAUAUUUACAAACUUGUAUGGCAAACAUGACUGGCGUUUGAAAGGGGCCCUGAAGAGAGGUGACUGGUACAAAACGAAGGAAAUUUUACUUAAGGGCUCAGACUGGAUCAUAAAUGAGAUCAAAACAUCUGGUCUACGUGGUAGAGGAGGCGCCGGUUUCCCCUCAGGCAUGAAGUGGUCGUUCAUGAACAAACCGGGAGACGGCCGUCCCAAAUACCUCGUCGUCAAUGCUGACGAGGGAGAACCUGGCACUUGCAAAGACAGGGAAAUUAUGAGACAUGAUCCUCACAAAUUGGUAGAGGGCUGUCUUAUUGCCGGCAGGGCAAUGGGGGCGAAAGCGGCUUAUAUUUACAUUAGAGGCGAAUUUUACAAUGAAGCAUCGAAUAUGCAAGUUGCUAUAGCUGAAGCUUAUCAAGCUGGCUUACUGGGCAAAAAUGCAUGUGGUUCUGGAUACGAUUUCGAUGUUUUUAUGCAUAGAGGCGCAGGAGCGUAUAUUUGUGGCGAGGAAACUGCGCUGAUUGAAUCUAUUGAAGGAAAGCAGGGUAAACCGAGGUUGAAGCCUCCUUUCCCGGCUGAUGUGGGGGUUUUUGGGUGCCCCACUACUGUGACUAACGUUGAAACUGUCGCCGUGUCACCCACAAUUUGUCGUCGUGGAGGAACAUGGUUUGCCUCAUUUGGCAGAACCCGAAAUUCGGGAACUAAACUUUUCAAUAUCUCUGGUCACGUCAACCGACCUUGCACCGUUGAAGAAGAAAUGAGUAUUACAUUCAAAGAAUUAGUAGAACGCCACGCUGGUGGUAUCAUUGGGGGUUGGGACAACCUUUUGGCCAUCAUUCCUGGUGGUUCUUCCACACCGCUUAUACCGAAAAGUGUUUGCGAGGACGUUAUCAUGGAUUUCGACGGCCUGGUCGCGGCCCAGACAAGCUUGGGAACCGCUGCCAUCAUUGUGAUGAACAAGCAAACCGAUAUUGUCAAAGCUAUCGCCAGAUUGAUCAUGUUUUACAAGCACGAGUCCUGCGGCCAGUGCACUCCUUGCCGCGAAGGAAUCAAUUGGAUGAACAAAAUCAUGUACAGAUUUGUUGACGGCAAUGCCAAACCCGAGGAAAUCGACAUGUUGUGGGAGCUGAGUAAGCAGAUCGAAGGGCACACCAUUUGCGCUCUCGGCGACGGUGCUGCGUGGCCAGUUCAGGGACUCAUCAGGCAUUUUAGACCAGAAUUAGAAGAAAGAAUGAGGAAGUUCCAUGAGCAAAAUAGGAGCGCUGCUCGGUGUUAAUUUGUAGCAUUUCAUAGGUUUAAUUAACUGGAAAAAAACUAAAAACAGCGAGGUAUCUACGUUUACUUUUUAAGUAUUUAUGUUACAAUGUCUAGAGGUUUUGAAUUGUUUGGCCAACAUGUCGACAACUAUCAGCUGGGGCGCUUUAACAACUUUGGUUUUGUUGAAUGUUGGCAUUUUAUUAAUUUUUACUUUUGAAUGUAUAUAAUUAUGUAAUAUUGAAGUGAAUAAAAUUAUA